GUCGAACAAAGACAAAUGAAAUCUAUAGUGGGUUUCACCGACAGAAACACAAUGAAGAGACUGUCGUUUUUCCAGUCAGACCUGCGUUGAUAAUAUCAGCAUAAAGUACAGAGCCAGCUUGAUUCAGAUUUGAAUUUAUUUUAAAGAAUUCUGUAGGUGCAUGUGGGAUUGAAUAGCUAUACAGGUUUGAUAACGACUGCGGGGGGCCGAAAGAUUACCUGUAAUUAGCGGGAAAAAUACAGGUAAAACACAUCACUACAUCCCUCCCUGGAAACCUCCGAUGUCCAUUCUCCGAGUUGUGCUCACAACGCACCGGAAUUGAUUUUCCGGAGAUUUUUCAAUUAUUUAUAUUGUGUAUUAUGCCUGAAAAGAAUUUUGCUUUAAACUCCUAAUCGUUUUUUACCGGGUGCUUGUCAUCCGCUUAAUCAGUCAAAUUUCCUUGGCGCAUGCACCUACAUCGGAAGAUUUAAUAAAAGAGCACAAGAUACUGUAAAGAUUAAAACAUGUGUAUCAGCAGUUCUCUUACGAACUUAUAAGAAUUGUGAGCGUUUGGGGCGGAUUUUCGUGACAUGUCUUCUCCGAGUGUUGAACUCCCCCUCCUCAGCAGAGAGGGCCCCUGGGCAACCCCUUCUACAUCUCGACUGCCACCGUCACGGUCCGAACGAAACGGAAAAUUGGAAAAAAGGUUUCCUCGGAUUGUCCUGAGAGACAGCCUUGGAAAUAAACUGGAUACAUUUACCUACUUACAAGAGGCGAUCUACAGAGCCGAGUGGAAUGUGAAGAAUUCUCAUGAAGCUGUACUUCCAGAGGAGUGGCGCCUCCCCAAGGCCCCCAAUCCCGCCCGGCCAGACUAUUCUCGGGCAGCCCCACCCCUAGCCAACACCCGUAGUAGGCUAAAAUUAAAAUCCCUGCGAGAGCAAGACGUGUCUAGAAGUUUUCCACAUCCUCGUUUCAGUGAACUUGAUGUUAAUGAUGUAGCAUUUGUUGCUGAGAGCUUAAACCAGCUGCCGCAAGUGCCUUCUCUGUCCUUCCUUCAUCAUGACCUGCUGGCAGAGCCUAAGAGAUACUUUCAGAUUGUUCAUCAGGCCCUGGUCCAACAGCGUUACUAUGCACAGACAGACAAACGGGAGAGGGUUUACAACUUUCCUGGAUUCUGUAUGGGCUGUCGGAGGUCAGGCCUGUGUUAUGGUUGUGAACGCAGCUCUGCUCCACACUAUCACAUUGAUCGCAUCAUGAAGACUGGUGGCGGAUUUACCUACCAUAAACAUGAUCAUCCAAUCAGAGAAAGGCCUGACAAAAAUCCGUCCAACUGGAAACUUGCGUUCCCGGAAUUGGCUUUGAAACAUCUCAUCCAAGAGCAUGAAAAUGGUUCAAACAGCAUCGCUGAGGAAGAUGUAGAAGUAACCGAGAAGCUGAAUGUAGACAUCAGGGGUUAUCAGACAGUUAAUCAAAAGGCCUCCAGUGAGUAUGGACCUCAGUCUGUGGGGGAACAGCUUGAGGAAGACAGUGUGGGGACACAGGAGGAGAUAGUGAAGCAGUGGGCCAUGAUGAGGGAGGGACCACUGAUAGAUGACCGGGAGAGGGGCCACAACAAAAACAAGGACAGGUUACGAGAAGAAAACAUGGAUGCCAUGUCUCCUUGGUCAGACCCCACUUCUUUGAAUAAAAAAUUAAUAGAUGAAAAUCUAUUCAGAGGAGAAAGUCAUACAACAAGAGGUUCUGAAGACAUCACCAUUCGAAUGGAGUCCCAGAGCAAACAAGAUUAUAAUGACAGCUCCACAGACCAGGGGAGCCAGCAGCUAGAUGUUCAUGUUCAGAAGUCUGAACACUCAGAUAGAGAUGACAGUGGUUCAGUCAGAAGUGAACAUGAUUUGGAGGAUACUGUUCAGAAUCAGACUGAUAAUGAUGCUGAUAGCGAAGGAGAAGAUGACAAUACGAUGAAGAGUUCCACUAAAAAGAGAGAUAAAUCCUACACAAGUGGUACCACUGGUAUAGACAGUCAGAAGUCAAGUAAGCUGGGCACAACACCUAACUCGAGACUGGGCACAACACCUAACUCAAGACUGGGCACAACACCUAACUCAACAGGGGACUCAUCUGAUAAACAAGACAGAGGAGAAGAUAAGAGUGAUAAAAAUGGAAGUAGUCCGUACAGCCCAUACAGCAGCCGACGCAGGAAACCAUUGUAUAAAGAAUGCAGGUCACCAAGUAGAAGUCCAACUCCACCACCAUUCAAGAUAAAGCAUAAAAAGAGUCGUCAGAUUGAUUCCCAUUCCCCGUUCAGUACUGAGAGACACUAUGAUCUGCCUAAAGGAAGUGGCUUCCAAGUCAAAAAGAGUGAAAAGAAACUCACAGAAUUCAAGGAAUUCAAGCACCACGAAGGAAACUGGAUGGAGCCUGAGAAAUUCACGGUGAAGAAAUCAGACAAACACAGCACAGACUUCUGGAGUCCACCAAAGAAGAAGGAGGCUAAGAAGAAAGAAAGAGUUAAGAAGCAAGUAAGGCCAGUUUCCCCUGAUUCAGGAUUGGAGAGUGAAAAACCAACAGAUUCUGCACAAGAACUCCCUCUGAAAUCUCCAGCCAUCAUUGAAGCAGAGCAAGUUCUCUCCCCACCUUUGCAGAAACCAAUUUCGCCAGUAGAUGAAGGAACUUUGCCUUCAUUAGCCACACCCAUUGUAGAACAACCCAAGAAAGAGCGCCCAAAGAAAACCAGGAAGGAAGUUCCGAAGAAACUACCAUCUCCAGUCAGGAGCCUCACUCCCAAGUCUCCAGAACCUGUGGUUGAAGAGGUCCAGGUCACCCUUAAAUCCAGAGAACCUACCCCUGAACAUGUACCCACUCCCACCCCAAAGAUUCCAGAUCUACCCCCAGUGGACAUACCACCCCUCCCUGAAAUUACGGAGGAGAAAAAGGAGAAGAAACCCAAGUUUGACAACCGGAAACCCUUUGAGCCUAUCCAGGUUAUGCCACAAAUUAAAGAUGCCGUGCCUCCUCCCCCAAAGAAAAGCAAACCUCCAACUAUCACAAAGAAAUCUCUUCCAAAGAAGAGAGUUCCAUCUGCAGAAGCACCUGUUACAACAGAGGAAAUUCGACAGAUGAAGGAUCCUUUGGACUUCCUGGCUAAAUACUGUAUCAUAAGCAAGGAUAGGCUGCCUUACUAUGAGAGAAUCUACAAGAAUGUUGUGUCUAGUCAGCCUGAGAGGUAUGAGCGGGCCCAUCCCCUCUCCCCCACCACGGGGAUGCCAGUCACAGAGGGGACCAGCUGGGGAAACCAUGAACUGAACAUGUUCCAUGACCUCGUGGUGAUAAGUCGAGGUCAGGACCCACCACGACCUGCACUGAGUGAACCUGAGCAGUACCUGGAGAAGAUCUGUUAUACUCUGGAGAUGUUGGACGGAAAACAUCGACAACUGGCUGAGGAUCUUAACCUUCUGGAAUCAAAAAGAAUUCAACAGUUAGCUGAGAGGGCACGAAAACUAGUACCUGACAUCACAUCUGUCCAUUUCAAGAAGAAAGAGAAAAAAAGCAAAAAGAAGAAGAAAAAGAAGAACAAGGUAGAACAGGAGGAAAUUCCAGCCAAGGUCAUUUUGUCUCGUGCUGACAUCACUGAUGACGUCAUUGUCAGUAGAAUUGAUGACAAACUGCUCAAAAAGCUUAUGAAAGAGCCUGCUCAACACCAGCUGAACUGUGAAAUAGAAAGGUGUACAGAAAAACUAGCCAAUAUAGAGGACAGAUUGAUUCAAUUAGAAGGUGAGAAGAACAUCAUAGGAAUGUACUGCAUGGAGCUUUUUUUCGAGGCCCAGAAUGACAACAAUACCCCGAAAUUCCGAAGGCAACAGAGUUUUUUGUAUAAGACGCUCCACCCAGAUCCAGAUGUAGAAAUGAAUAAAGAGGAACUUGAGGGAGCUCUGCAGAUUGUCAAUCACAACUUGUUGUCACAGAAUGAAUUUAGCUAUCUGUACCAUAUACUGAAUUUGACAGGAAGGAGAAAGAUAAACUUUAAGUUGUUCUGUGUGAUAGCAGCCUUAUCAGAGAGGAUCACCCACAUGGACCCUGUUAUUCGAGAUCUUCUAAACAAAGAAAAAGGCUGGAAAAGACAGAGCAAUGAUUAUGAAUCUUUAGAUGUUAGAUUGAACAGGUCAAAGGAGCUGUUUCAGUUGCUGGAUGAGGGGGAUUCCGUUCCUUUUGGGAAUGCCCUGGCCUCGAGUCUGGCCGUGGAGCUCACUGCAGGGGGUCUGUCACCCGAACUGACCAGUUAUGUAAUGGGCAAGUUCAACAGAGAGGGCAAAGGCUAUGUGGAUUUUCUAGACUAUGUCACUUAUGUUCCAUUGUUUAUUGAAAUUCAUGAGAAAAUUAUAAAUGAUCCACUGUGUUCCACUGUGAGGAUCCAAUAAAUCAAAAUAGGAUUAAAAAAAAUGACAAGAUAUC